AUGGUGUUAUUUAAUUUACUUGAUCAAUAUGGUUUUUAUGCUGUUCAUCACAAUAAUAAGAUAAAUAAAUUAUUACAUAUUGUGGUUAUUCCUGUUGUUAUAUUUACAUUCAGAAUAAGCACAUUGGUGGCACUGGCUUUGUCAUCAUAUUGUGUAUAUUUAGAUACCAAAAUAGGUGUUAUAACUUCGAUAUGGAUAAUGUUAACAGAUUAUUUAGCAAAUAGCAAGAUUGAUAACUUGGGUUUAGAAAAAGCAACCACAGAUGGUAUUUCAUUAUUAGGUAUAUCCUUGGUAUUGCUAAUCAUAGGACAUUUAAUAUUUGAAGGUAUCACACCAGGAUUACCAUCAGAACCACUUGCAAUGUUUGUUGCCCCAUUAUUUAUAACAAUGGAGUUAUUGUUUAUGUUGGGAUUUUUAAAUCAACAAAGAUUGAAAUUCCAAUGUAGAAUUAAUAGUUAUUGUAAGUACAGAAUAAUUUAUAUAAAUUUGUAA